AUGGCAAAAAUCCUUCGUACUUCAUAUACAGCCAGAGAAAAACGUCGCAUUAUUGCUUAUUGUAAACAAAAUUCUUUACGAAAUGCUCAACAAAAAUAUGGAAUUCAUUUUGCACAAAUAUCAAAAUGGUGUAAAAAUGAAUCAGCUAUAUCGAAAGCUAAAUCUAAAAAUCGCCAUAUUGGUGCUGGUUUAAAACCUUUAUAUCCAGAUGUUGAAGAAUUAAAUAAAUGGAUUGAAAUUUUAUCAUCUUAUAAAUGGCUCUAUGACUUUAUGAAUUGUUAUAAUAUUUCUAUUCGUAAAAAAACAAAAAUUGGACAAAAAUUACCUAGGGAACUUUCUUCAAACUUAUAA